AUGGCCUGCUGCCUCCAGCUCUCGGACCCCAGCGCGCUCAGCUUCCUGCAGGAGACCGCCCAGCGUCUCUCCCCGCCGGAGCCCAUCGGCAGAAAGCCGGACAGGCCGGCGGGCCGGGACGCGCGCCCCCGGCGCAGCGCGUCUCCAGGCGCCGCUCUCGAGCCCUUGGAUGCCCUGAGCCUCAUCAGCCUGCACUGCGCCAGCCUCGGCGCGAAGCCCGCGGAUCGGGGCGAGCGCGCAGAGCCCGGCGCGGCUGCCCGGAGAGACUCCCGGCGCCCUCGCCAAGGGGCUCCCCGCCCGGCGCCGGCGCGCAGUGGGCGCGGAGGCGCAGCGCGGGACGGACGCCUUCCCUGCGGCCGAGUCGCCGCGGGCCGGGAGGCGAGUCUCCCGCAAGCAGCCCCGACCCCAGCGGAGCUGCGAGGCCAGGGACGCCGCCUUCCAGGGGGUCACGUUUCGGAUGCAGCUGAGCUUCUGCCGAAAGAGCUCCGGGGGUUGUCGGCUCCUCAUUCGCCCGCGAUACAGCAGGUACAGCCGCCACCUUGGGAAAGAGCAGGUUGCGUUUCUCUUCUGCUUGGCUGCAAACGCAAAGUCGGCAUGAAAUGUUUCAUGGGAUGCUUUGCUUUUUCCGCCUCGUCUUUAAGGGCCCCUUAGAUCCCCAAGAGGGCAUAGAUGUACCUCCUGUAGUCUGCAUUUUUGGCAGUUCCCAGGCCAUUCAGUGGGGCUUCCUCCGGUCCGGAGCAAGUCUACAGGCAGACUUCUUGUGGUAAGGAGGAGGCCUAACGCUUCGCCUGAUGGGGGGAGUACUUGCAGGAUAGCCAGACCUAAAUACAGGCAGCCUAAUAUGUUUGAAGUUAAUGAGUGACUUCCAGCCGCAUUCAUACUCAAGAAGAGAUCUAAUGAAAUCAAUGAACUCCAGUCUUCUCUCAGUAUGAAUAACACUGGAGUCGAAAAUGGAUUUUUGUUAAAUUAAAAAGCACCUAGUAUAACAGCACUUUUGUAUUUAUUGGUUGGAUUUCUGAAAGGCAAGGGCAGAUUUCCCGCUCAGUUAACAACCGAGGUGAAUCUUCUUGGCACAUGAUAUGUUGGCUUCUCUUGUUAUUGGUGCUUGCAUGAUGUAGUUUUACAAAGGACUUAAAUGUAUUUAGAAGUCUUUUUUUUAACAAAAAAACAGCAUGGCGGGGAUUGGCCAAUUUGGAUUGAAAGCAUAGCAUGGAAGGAAGAGGUGUUUUGCCCCUUAACAUUAUGAGAAUAAAAGUUCAGAGCAGACAAUUUCAACUAACAACUUAUGUCUUCCUGACUGAAAAUAUAUUGCCUCUUUCUUAGAACACUGGAUAAAACAAAUUCUAUUCAACAUGUUGGAAGGGUGAUUAAUGCUGCUGUAUUUUCAACCACACCUGUGAUGUAAUUUUGACAUGUUCAUUUAACACACUAUUAUACCACUUUAAACAGCCAUUGCUUCCCCACAAGGAAUCUUGGGAACUGUAAUUUGUUAAGGGUGCUGAGAGUUGUUCUCCUCCCUUCUCCUCACAAAACUACAAUUUCCAGAGUGGUUUAAUAAUCAAUCCCUCUGCCCAGGGAACUGUAGCUCUGUGAGUGGAAUAUCCCAAUCUGGUGAUAACAGAAUGAUGCAAGGAGUGAGCUGCAGCCCAGUAUAGGAAAAGAGGUGGUAAGUGAACCCCUAGCUACUUUAAAUGAAUUCAGAUCUCCAGGGACUGAUGAGAUGCACCCAAGGGUACUAAAGGAGCUUGCAGGUGUAAUCUCAGAGCCUCUGUCUAUAAUCUUUGAGAAUUCUUGGAGAACAGGUGAGGUCCCUGCAGACUGGAGGCGGGCAAAUGUUGUCCCCACCUUCAAAAAGGGGAGAAAAGAAGACCCAGGUAACAACCGACCGGUGAGCUUGACAUCAAUACCAGAAAAGGUCCUAGAAAAAUAAUUCAGCAGUUAGUCUGUGAGCACUUAGAAAAUGAUGCUGUGGUUACUAAGACCCAGCAUGGAUUUCUCAAAAACAAAUCAUACCAGACAAGUCUGGUGUGUAUGUAUGUGUAUAUAUAGAUGUGUGUGUGUGUGUGUGUGUGUGUAUAUAUAUAUAUAUAUAUGUUGUUGUUGUUUAGUCGUGUCUGACUCUUCGUGACCCCAUGGACCAGAGCACGCCAGGCACUUCUGUCUUCCACUGCCUCCCGCAGUUUGGUCAGACUCAUGUUUGUAGCUUCGGAGACAUUAUCCAACCAUCUCGUCCUCUGUUGUCCCCUUCUCCUUGUGCCCUCCAUCUUUCCCAACAUCAGGGUCUUUUCCAGGGAGUCUUCUCUUCUCAUGAGGUGGCCAAAGUAUUGGAGCCUCAGCUUCACAAUCUGUCCUUCCAGUGAGCACUCAGGGCUGAUUUCCUUAAGAAUGUGUGUGUGUAUAUAUAUAUAUAUAUAUAUAUAUAUAUAUAUAUAUAUAAUUACAAGCUGGAUGGAUCAGGGGAAAUGUUGUGGGUGUAGUGUAUCUUGAUUUCAAUAAGGCUUUUCACAAAGUCCCCCACGAUACUCUUGCAGAGAAGCUGGCAGAAUGUGGGCUGAAUGAGGUUACUGUUAGGAGGAUUUGUAGCUGGUUGACUGACUGAGCCCAAAGAGUACUCAUUAAUGGUUCCUCAUCAUCCUAGAAAAAGGGACAAGUGGGGUGCCACAGGGUUCUGUCCUGGGCGCAACAUCUUUAUAAAAAACUUGGAUGAAGGAAUUGAGGGGAUGCUCAUCCAAUUUGCAAACACAGUGGGGAUUCAAAAUGACAUUAACAGAUUGGAGAACUUGGCCAAAACUAACAAAAAUAAUUUCAGUUAGAACAAAUGUAAGGUUCUACACUUAGGAAGGAAGAACCAGCUGCACAAAUAUAAGAUGGGGGACACCUGGUUUACCAAGUGUGAAAGGGAUCUAGGGGUCUCAGUGGAUCAAAAGCUUAGUAUGAGUCAACAGUGUGAUGCAGCAGCAAAAAAAGAUAAUGCCAUUCUAGGCUGCAUCAACAGAAGUAUAGUGUUUAGAUCAAGAGAAGUAAUAGUCCAUUCUGCCUUGGUCAGACCCCACCUGGAAUACUGUGUCCAAUUCUGGGCACCUCAAUUUAAGAAGGAUAUUGACAAGCUGAAACGUGUGUAGAGGAGGGCAGUCACGAUGAUCAAGGGACUGAGAUCUGAUAGUCAUCUUCAACUAUCUUAAGGACUGUCACAUGGAAGAUGGAGAAAGGAGAUUCCAAAUCAACAUCAGGAAGAACUUUCUGACAGUAAGAGCUGUUUGACAGUGGACUAGACUCCUUCAUUGGACGUUUUAAACAUCUGUAAUGAAUGCUUUAGUUGAGAUUUGUCCAUUACAGGAGGUAGGACUAAAUUACUCUUGGGGUCCCUUCUAACACUAUGAUUCUGUGAUUCUAUGGGAAGGGUAGCUAAUGCCACAGAAUACAGAAUCAGGCUUCAAUGUGAUUCUAACAGAUUGGAGAACUGGGCCCAAACUAAAAAAAUGAAAUUCAACAGGGACAAAUCUCAGGUUCUGCAUUUAGGCAGGAAGAACCAGCUGCACAAAUAUAAGCUGAGGGACACCUGACUUGCUAGUAGUACAUGUGAAAAGGAUCUAGGGGUCUUUGUAGACCACAAACUGGAUGUGAGCCAACAGUGUGAUGCAGCAGCAAAAAAAGCUCAUGCUAUUCUGCAUCAACAGAAGUCUAGUUUCCCAAUCAAAGGAACUAAUAGUACCACUCUAUUCUGCCUUGGUCAGACCACACCUGUAAUAGUGUGUCAAGUUUUGGGCACCUCAAUUUAAGAAGGAUAUUGACAGGCUGGAACAUGUGCAGAUGAGGGCAACCAAGAUGAUCAAGGGUCUGGAAACCAAGCCUUAUGAGGAACAGUUGAGGGAGCCAUCUUCAAACAGCUGAAGGGGUGUCUGUCACAUGAAAGAUGGAGUAAGCAUGUUUUUUGCUUUGGAGGGUAGGACCUGAACUAAUGGAUUCAAUGGAAGGACUAAACAUCAGGAAGAACUUUCUGAUGGUAAGAGUUGUUUGACAGUGGAAUGGGUGGACUCUCCUUUCUUGGAGGUUUUUGAGCACUGGUUGGACGGCCAUCUGUCAUGGAUGCUUUAAUUGACAUUACUUCAUUGCAGGGCAUUGGUCUAGAUGACCCUUGGGGUUCUUUCCAAAUCCACAAUAUAUGAUUCUGUGAAUAGGGGUACUCCAAUAACUCUCAGCAUCCUUUACAAUUUUCUGGAUUCUUUUGGGAGAAAAGAGGCAGUGCGGUGUAAUGGUUUGAGUCUUGGGCUAGGACCUGGAUUACCCCACAGGGUUGUUGUGAAGAUAAAAUGGGGGGGGGGAUGCAUGUACGUACAUCACCUUGAGCUCCUUGGGGGAAAGUUGAAGUGCAAAUGUAAUAUACAGUAUACAUAUGCCAUGAUUAUGGUAUUUAAAGUGGUGUAAUAGUGCUUUAAAUGUAUGGGGCAGAGGGGCCUUAACUCUGAAAUAUUUUCAGUCAGGGAAAGUAAUUAUAAUUGUAGCUCCAUUUCAGGGAUGAGUUACAUAUAACUCUGGAAGCUGCCUAUAUGUACAACAGGCUUUAAAUACCUGGGUUUGAUUUUACUACUCCACAGGCUUUCAUUUUCAUUAAUGUUUUCUUUUUAAGCAUGUGUUGUAUGGUAUAAGUCUAGUAACCCUCGCUUAUUUUGCUUCUGUCUGUAAUGGAAGUGGAUUAAGUGGCAAAUGAUGAUUCUAGGAGAUGUCACAGGUUUUAAAUCCCUCACUCAGCAAUAAAUUAUUUAGAAUGAUGUUUAGGUGUCCUUGAAUGCAUGACUCACCUCUCAGCCUCAGUUCCCCAAUCAUCAAAAUGGGAAUAAGGUGGCCUGUCCUGGAAUGACUGAAGACACGUGAGAUGAGGAAAAAAGGUUGUUGGUUCUCUUGAGUCUCAGGAAUCACUGAAGAGUGCAAAACUAAGUCAAUUAGUUUAGAAAUUAGAUUUCUGAAGCAGAUCUAAAAUGCUAUACAUCUAAUCUGUGUUCAGUGGAAAACUUGGGAAAAGAAGCCGAACCCCUUUAGCGAGAGAAGAAUGCAGAGCUGGCAGUUCCAAGGAGGAAGAAGGAUGUCCCUCUACCCACAGUAUGUCAAUAAUUUAGGCAAUAAAUACUUGUAGUAUCAGCUGGCAAUAUUUGGGAUACCAAGGACAAAAGAAAAGCUUGUUGUGAUAAUUUUUUCUCCAGGAGAAGUACAGAGUGGGGAGGGUCUUGUUCCACUUGCCAAGCAUGUGGUUUUUCUGUAGCAAACCAAUGAACGUUGUUGUUUCACCUAUUGGUAAGGCUAGUUUUUAAAAAAACAAAAACAAGGGAGGGGGAGAGAAAGAGAGGAAGUAAAUGGAUGCCUCCCCUAUUUCAAUGUAUGAAAUUAUUUUUUUAGAAAACCAUCCAUCCCAGAGUAGCUUCACGCCAUUAGUGGUUUCUGUACCCACAAGUGUGAAAGGGAGGUUACCUCCCUAAAUACUCAGUAUGCCUUAACGGUGGGUUGUGCUGAACUAAGUGUAGCCAUGUGCAACUUUUCUAAACACUGUGGGAAAGGCAAGUGAAGCUUGGCUGCUGUAACAUCUGAGUCAGUUCUGACCUCUCAGUCUGAUCACUACUCAGCUGAUCAGAGUAACUUUUAUUCACACUUUGAAAUGCUGUUCUGGAAUCUUUUGAUGAAGUAAUAUUCCAAAUAAGGUAUGCCAGGCUGUUUGAAAUUAAUACGCAUGAGGGAGGUGCUUUGAACAUGCAAUAAACAUUAAGUAUUGUUUAUAAUAAGAUUUGUAUUAAUCCAUUAAAUACCAUCCAGGGUUGUGGCUUAUAAACUGCUAUUUGACCCAGUUGCCCUUUGUCUUUAAGGGGAUAAGUGCUGUGCUUCUUGCAAGACCAGGAAAACACCACUAUGGAGAGAUGCUGAAGAUGGGACCCCCCUCUGUAAUGCUUGUGGCAUUAGGUACCUUAUGACUGCUGAAAUAGCGUGGCGUAUUUCUUGUUGGUUUCCUUAAAAGGUAUGCCCAGCAUAUCUUCUGGCAGUGCAAAAAGUUUAAAAGAUAAUACACAACAGCACUGAGUACAACUUGCCAUGUAGCCUGAAAAGGCUCUUCUCUGUUAUCUGAAGCCUGUGGUGAGAUCAACAGAUUUAGAAGCGAUUGCAGCUCUCCUAGCGACAGCUAGAAUUUGCAUCGCUAAAUACUGGAAGUCUGAAGCAAUUCAUUAGUUGAAAGAUGGGCUGGAGAAGACACAGCAAGUGUUAACAUGCAUUCAAAUGACAUGCUAAAUCACAUAAGCCAGAAACCAACAUGAGCAUAAGUUCUUAGAGUGCUGGGUGCUGUUCAUACGUUUUUGGAAUGAAGGAGUUGUGGACAAUAUCUACCCUUACAGCUUAUCCUCAGUGAUCUGACUCCUAGAUACUCUUUCUUAUUCUUCCCCUUUAAACACCCCUUAUUUGUGGCAUCUGCUAGUAUUAUUUUAAUAUUUCAAUAGGCUAAGAUACUUACCUGUGUAUGAUGUCUAAUGAAUUCUGCCAUUCUUCUCUCCAUUUAUUUUUGAUUUUUCACUAUAUAGGCACCCCCCUCAAAAAAAGCGAUGAUGAGACAAAAGCGAUGAUCUGAACUGCAUGGCAAUAUUAAAGCAUUUAUCUGAGCUUUUUUUUUUUAAAAAAGAAUAAAGUUAUACCCAACUUUUCACCACAAAUUUUUAAAAGCUACAAUGGUCAAAAUUUUAUGCAUUGAAGAGUAACACAUUAGAACAGUAUGUAUUGUGCAAGGGCACCCUGAAAUAAAACAAUUUAACCUGUUUGUUCCAGGCUUAUUCAUCUAAAAGGGUCUAACAGUUACCACUGUACAGAAACAAGCUGUAACAAAUUAAGGUCGUCAAACCUUAACAAACAAACAAAGGUCGGCAAACAAAGGUCGGCAGUUCGAAUCCCCGCGACGGGGUGAGCUCCCGUUGUUCAGUCCCAGCUCCUGCCCACCUAGCAGUUCGAAAGCACGUCAAGUGCAAGUAGAUAAAUAGGUACCGUUCCAGGCGGGAAGGUAAAUGGCGUUUCUGUGCGCUGCUGUGGUUCGCCAGAAGCAGCUUAGUCAUGCUGGCCACAUGAUCCGGAAGCUGUCUGCGGACAAACGCUGGCUCCCUUGGCCUAUAGAGCAAGAUGAGCGCACAACCCCAGAGUCAUCCGUGACUGGAUCUGGGGUCCCUUUACCUUUAUAGUAUAUAACAGGCCACAGCACUUGAGGCCAUUGCAGUCUGUGUGCCACGCUCAGUGAAGCCCCAACACUAUGCUGAUUGACCCUUAUCAUAUGCCACCAUCACCUUUCAUUCCUAUAUCCUGGCAUCUGGGAUCCUAAGCCUGAUGUUUCACCUGACACCCCUCUGAAAGAUGAUGCAUCUCCGCUUUCAUGCCAUUUGGAAUUAACUGGGAGAUUAAGUUGCGCCGGGGGGGGGGGGGGAGAAGGUUACUACAGUCAGACCUAAAUGAAUGGAAUGACCUGCCACAUGACUUAAUCAACUCUGUUUUUGACCUUCAGGUACAAAAAGUACAGAAUCCGGUGUUUUCAGUGCUGGAAUAUUCCAAAGCAUGGUGGGAAUCCCUUUUCUCAUUGUUCCAGUUGUGGACGCAGGCUGCAUUUAGUUGCUGCCCAGGAGAAAUCUCGGAAAAGGUAAAGGGGCAGGUGGCGGGAGCAGCAGCUUCUAAAACACACCAGCCCUUCACCGGCAGGAAGAAAACACAGCUGCUGCCAACCUAAGGGCUCUCUUUUCUUUCCAUUUCUAGAUGUGGAAGCUUUCUAAGGGUUUGCAGUUAGCUGGAUAUCAAAACAGCUCUUGGGAAAUCUGGCUGACUUGUCGGAAGGGUCUGGCUGAACAGCCUGGUAGAUUGGUCAUUAGGAGGUUCAGUGGAUGAAGGGCUCUUCUUUGUUUGUCUUUGUCUUUUGUUUGUACGCUGCUUUUGUUUUUGAAGUCAGUGCUAUGUGUCGUAUGUUGGGUGUUUGUUUGCAGUGUGUGGGAGGAGGCAGGAAAGAAGGGGAUGUUUUUUGCAAGGGAAAAAGUGUUUGUUUCCAUUAACUUCCAUAAGCAAUUGGGGCUACAUGCUGGAACAGAAUGCAACGUUCCCAUUGUGGAUGGACACAUUGAAAUUGCUUUCAGGCAGUGAUUCCCACCCAACCUUUUAGCACUUUGGGUUGCUGCCUUCUUGUUAAUAGUUCUUUGUAGUGAUGGACUGGAAAGUACAAAGAAACAUUUCCACAAACUACAAACUUUGGGAACUGCAGUCAUUGAGCAGUUGUGGUGGGGGAGGGAGUUUGUUUAAAAGACAUGAAGCUCUUUCGUGAAUUCCUGAUGAUUUUCUAUUGCACUAAAAAUGGCAAGUGUAAAUAUAUAAUAUUUAUGAUACAAAAUAUUUAUAUACUUGAUUCAAAUAUUUUUUUGGGAUGCUGAUGAAUAUCCUUUGUUAGUGCAACAUGCAGCAUUGCUGAAUGUGUCUCAGAAAGUGUGUCCAACCAGGAUUGUGCCAUGGGGCACUUUUCUUUUCAAAGUGGUAUUUAUUUUUGUAAAUAGUGUUUAUAUUUGAAGUAUUUGUUUUCUGUAUUCUCCCUUACAUAGCACAGCCA